AUGAGCGAAGCAAAGCCGAUUCCUGUGGAGGAAAAACCAUCGAAUAUUCAACCGAAAGCGAACAGUUUACCACGGGAAAAAACCGCCCUUUCAAGAGUGUCAUCUUCGCCCGUGUUUGUCGGAGAUGCGCCGAGCAUCGGCGCCACUCUUCGACGACGAAGCGACAUACUUUUUCACUCGAACGAACAACUUCCCAAAGAUGAAACGGAUUCAGGACGACGAUCUAAUAUAUCGACAUCUUCCGAGGACGAGGAGAGGAAUCGAAGUGCCAGUACCACGUCGCCUGAUCAACCUAGCAUAGAUGCCUGGCUACAAUGGCGAAAGAAUAAAAACAACCGACGCAAUUCAUUACCAGUUGUGAACUAUGGUAGUUCGCUUCAUGGCACUUCGGUGUGA